GACAACAUGGCCGCCGCCUGCUACGAGAAGGAAGUGGUGGUAGGUGCCGCCAUUCAUCACGGACAUGGACACCAUCAUCACCACCAUCACCACCACCAUCAUCAUCACCAUCAUCACAGUAACGGAGUCGUCGCGUCGUCCGCCGUCGGCGUCGGCGUCAGUGUCGGCGUCGGCGGGGUGACCGGGCAGACAGUCCUCCCGGCGACGUCCACAGGCCUUGACGAUGCUGCUGUCGUCGCCGCCGCAGCCGCCGCUGCCGCCGCUUCCAGCAAUCCGUCGUCCUCGGUGACGAACCCUGCCAAUGCAGUCAAUGCAGCUGUNNNGGCUGCCGCCGUGGCGAUCAACAGCUAUAAGGUGCAAGAAUACAAGGACUACUCGCAACCGCUCCACGUGGACUGUAGCGUCGAGUAUGAGCUCCCGAGCCAGGCGAAGCCACCGCCCGGUGGCGGCGAACCCCUCCUAAUGAUCCAUCCGUGCUACUAUCGACGCGCCGAGCGCGAGAGGAGGAGCCCUUUCGUCAAUAAUUUACCGCCCCCGGCAGCGCCGGCGACGACGCCUAUGACCGCCUCCCGCAGGAACGGUCGCAGGAGCGCGGCGACGGCCGCCGCCGUCACAGUCGCCACCGCGGCGGUCGCGGUUGCGGCGACUUCCUCCACGACUACGACGGUCGUUCCACCGUCGAAUAACAUCGUCGUUUCCUCCAACGUUGUAUCCGCUUCCGUUGUGUCACCGGCGACGUCUAUCGCAUCGUCCUCGGUCGCCGCGGCAGUGGUAGCUGCCGCGGAUUCCGGUAGCGGUCUCAUAUCCACCAGCGGUCAGAUGUCCGCUGUCACCAUGGCUGCAGCCUCGUAUCGCGCGGCACUCAAUGUCGCUGCCACGUUGUCUCAGCAGCAGCAACAGCAACAACCAUCUCAGCGACGGCAUCAUCCUCAGCAGCAACAGCCACAGCAACAGCAGCAGCAGCAGCAACCACCAACUCAUCCUCAUCAUCAUCACCAUCAUCAUAGAAAUCAUACUCAUGCUCCUCAUCAGCACCAACAGCAGCAGCAGCAGCAGCAGCAGCAACAGCAGCAGCAACAUCAUCCCCAGCAACAACCUCAACAACGACCCGUAACACCAACAGCAUCCGGUCCCGCCGACCUCAUCUCCGCCGACGAGAAGGCAGUCAUAUCAGGUAUUUAUCAACAUUACUUCCGCGCCAUGCGCGCCCACAAUCAUCAACACCGCCAGCAGCAGCAGCAGCAGCAGCAACAGCAGCAGCAGCAGCAGCAACAACAUCGUAUCACUACCACUCAUCAGCUCCAUCAUCAACCUCACCAAAGCGAUCGAAGUUCCUCCUCUUCGUCGUCGGUUACGUCUCCGACGUCCGCGUCAAUCUCCGGUAUUCUACGACAGACUUAUCAGCAGGCAUACAGCAAUAUAGCGGCCACGAGCUCGAGCUCGGGCAGCCAUCACCGUGCCAGCACAUCGGCGGUCUCGGCAAUCGCCCAUCAUCCCUACAGGCGACCGUCGGUGACGUUGCUGUCGCGAACGGCCUCGCAUAUCGGCCAGCAGGCUUCCUCUUCCUCCUCCUCAUCCAUUUUCGGUGCUUCCAAUGGCGUUUCUGCCGCGGCUGGCGUCUCCAGCGUAUACGCGAGCACAAUACACAGGCAUCACGCAACUUCCCUGCACGCUCUUCAAGCCGCCGCUGGCUUCUACGAAACGCCGAGUUAUCACGCCCUCCUGCCUCAAAGUUAG